UUUUUUCUUUUUUAUCGAGCAUAAACGUCUGGGUUUACCAACGUUUAUGGUUGGUUUUUGCCUGCAAAAUACAUUAUUGUGUGUUUUUUAUGUUUUUGUGAAUAACUUGAAUAUUAGAUUUCGGAAAACGAAAAUAUUUGUGCAGAUUUAAAUGCAGUUGAGAUAAAUAUAGUGUAUAGGGAAUGCAGUAUAAAUUUAAAGAUUUAUUAUAAAACUUUAACAGUGUAAGACAAUGAAUACAGGAGAGCUGAAUUGCUCGGCGAUCCCUAGCUUCCUGGCUUCUACUACAAGCCUUGUAUUACAACCUGGUUCGAUCAUCAGAACAGUACCGAUGGAUGCCGAAUCUCUCCUGUUAGAAACAGCCACCAAACACUCGGGUCCCGCGCGUAAAGGUUCGCUGGACGAUCUGGCUGCGUCCAGGGAAUCAAAAGUUCCAGUUGUGAAAGCUUCCGCGAAAGGAAGAAGACCAAAAAGUCUGAUAACUGAGAUUCAACCAGGAUUUGAGCUUGGUAUGGGCAUGUUGGCAGACAGGCCAAUGUGUGGUUCUUGUGGCAAGUACUUUAUGAGCCGACAGCAGCUUAACCAGCAUAUGCUCGUUCACACAGACGUACGGAAGUAUAAGUGUACAUACUGUCAGCGAACAUUUAAACAACCGUCUCAUUUACAUCAACACCAUCGCAUACAUACAGGUGAAAAGCCGUACAAAUGUCCAAUGCCUGGAUGCUUUCGAGCGUUUCCGCAGCAGUCAAACUUGAACCACCACCUACGUAACCAUGAUAAACCAGCCCCACCCCCGGAAAACACAUGUUCAUUAUGUAUGCGAGUCUACGCCAGUGAGACGGUGCUACGUAGUCAUAUAUCUAAGAUUCAUAUGUGCGAUCCAGAUAUGCUGCUUGGUGCUAGGAAAAAAACACUGACAAAAGAUAUUUCUCAAACUGGCGAAAAUGUUGCCCAGGUUAUUUCGCCUUCCAGUGAAGACAUUAGGCGGAUAAAAUUUGUCGAAACAAAUAACAACGAUUCCAGUGAUGAAAGUAAUAUUCAAACACAAUGCGCUAUUGGGAAACACAUGGAUAAUCUGACAAACUCUAGUUUGGUGCCCAAACAAGAAACUGUUAAUGGAAGCAAUGCAAGUGCACACUUUGGUUAUGUGCAGGAAAGCGAUGAUCUAAGCGAGAAAAAUCGAAGCACAUACCAACGAAGACAUAAUGUCAAAGCAUUUGUUGUAAAGGACACGGUAACUGGGAAAAAUACAAGCACAAAAAUAGUUCAAGCAAACAAUAGCAUGUUUCAUAACACACCGAUCAAAGCGGACAACAAUUUAUUGCACCAUUUCAUCGCAACCACAACACACGGACCCGCUUUUAAUGGAGGCAAUGACUUAGAUAUGAUACACAUGAAUGGAACUGGCGGGAAAGUGGAUGCUUUCGAAGCUGUUGUUACUUCCAAUUCAAACCUUUCUCAGUUUAUGUUAAACACGAAUGUUAAUGAUAAACUUCAUUCAGAUAUGCCAGUAUCCGAUGAAACAGUGCCAUCACAUGUUGGUAGAUCAAGAAAACGAAAAGCUUUUCAACCCCAGAGAAUCAUUCAAAAACUUGAUAUGAAUGACGACCAAGAACAUAACGCCACUACACCUUUCUAGGACCUGCAAACAAUGAAUCAAAAGCUAUAUAAAUACAAUGGACAGGUAUCAUUUCAGACCACAACCAUAUGCUGAAAACCUUCUUAUUUUAUCUGCGUGUUUUGCGUGUUCAUCAAUAGAACCCAGAUAGAGAUCUGUCGUAGUUCCCUGUUCGUCCAUGAAGACUAUGACUGCCUUAACAAAAGAGGAUGACAUGCCGGUACAAUGUCCACAGCAUAGACUUGUACCAACGCUUUAUACCACUAUAUCAUGUUCAAAACAUGAAAACAGUGGAACCGCAUAGACAUGUACAUCACUUUACACCACUAUAUCAUGUUACAGUCUAACAGCGUAGACUUAUACACCACUACUCAAGUUUAAAACAUGAAAUUAGUGGAGCAGAGUAGACUUAUAUACCAUUAUAUGAUCUAAAAAAACAGCACUUAAUCAUGUUUAAAACAUGCAAACUGUGGAUCAGCACUAUAUCACGUUUAAAACAUGAAAACGGUGGAACAGCAUAGUGUUGACGUGGAAAUAUAUCAAUAUUAUCAAAAUCAAUUUCUUUUAAUCAAGUUGUUUUUCCUAUCCAGAAAAGUUAGAAAUAUAUCUUGUUUAAUAAUAUCUGUCAUGUGUUUAAGAAUCGGAUAGACAUAUCCGUCCCGAGGGCACCUGCGCAUUGGGCGGUAACGAGGCUUGCCGAGGGACGGAUAUUUCUAUCCGAUUCGUAAAAACAUGACUGAUGUUGUUUCUUAAAUAUCGUAUACAUAUUUAAGCUUUUUAUUCUGAAAGAUUAUUUUUCUUGCAUAGAAUAGAAUAAAUAAAGCAAACAGAAAUAC